AUGGGAAUCAUAACGACAACUUUGACAAUAUUGUUCUUGGUAGUCUUUUGCGAUGGCAAUAGAACAUUUAUCAUGAGUCCAGAACUACCACAAUCUGGAAAAUAUAGUCAUGGAGUCCUUGUCGACAAUACGUUAUACAUUGCUGGGCAAGUCGGUAUGGACAAAGAAGGCGUCAUGGUAGCUGGGGGAAUUGAAAAUGAAACAAGACAAGCACUUAUCAAUAUGGGACAUGUCCUGACUGCUGCUGGAUGCUCAUUUAAAGAUGUUGUGAAGACGACCGUGUACAUCCAAAAUAUUAGCGACGCUACAAUAAUGAACCAGGUGUAUGUUGAAUUUUUUCCUCAAAAUUACCCUGCUCGUGCGACUGUUCAAAUCGCCAAGCUACACUUGGAUGCUCUGGUUGAGAUUGAGGGUAUCGCUGUGUUGGAUUUGAGUUCUACCUCGGUUGCAUCUCAUGUUAACAUGGAGAAUUAA